GGGGCAUUGAGGAGCCCUUUUGCACCUCCUCCCAAAUCCAUCCCCAUUCCCCACCCCAUCCUUGUCCAAAAUAUCCAUCCCAUCUCUCCGUCCAUCCAUCCAUUCAUCCCAAUCUCUCAUUCAUGCGGAUCAGAAGAAGAGGCCUCGUUUCUCAACCUCCAGAUCCAUCUCUCCAUCUCCAAACUCCAUCAAAUGGUGACCCAGAACCACUCCGAUUGCACUCAGAUGCGGAUCUACAUCAUCUCCAACUAGAUCCCCAUCCCCAUCCCCUUCCUUCUACUCUAGAUCCCACCCUUCUCAAGGAACAAGAUGAGAAAGAAAAGAUGAAAAAUGUUGUUUCCCAAGUCAAUAGUAAUAUCAGUGAAUGCAAAGAAGAAGAAGAAGAAGAAGAAGAAGAGAAGAAAGGAAUAAUAAUAAGUGGUGUAAAGAAGAGGAGAAGUCCAGCGGUGUUGAUGGAGGGGUCAAGGUGCAGCCGGGUGAACGGCAGAGGUUGGCGGUGCUGUCAGCAAACACUGGUUGGCUACUCUUUGUGCGAGCACCACCUUGGCAAAGGCCGGUUGCGCACUGUCAACAGCGUCCGCGGCCAAAUUGGCAGCACUGAAACUCUCAAAUCAUCUUCAGAUGAGAAUGGUGCUAAGAAGAACAAGAAGAUGGGAACUGUGAAAGCUCGUUCCAUUAAUAGUUUGCUUGGUGAUUAGAGUUGAAUAAUUAAUUAAUUAAUUAUUAUUAUUAUUAUUAUUAUUAUUAAUGAUUGUUAUCUUUGUUAGCAUUGCUUCUUAUUAGCUUUAGCAUUAUUAGCAUUAGGCAUGCAUUGUAACUUUGUAAGGAAGAAGACUUGUUGUUUCGUUUGUUUCGUUGAGUUUAGUUUAUAUGCGCAGUGAUGUUUUAUGGUUGGUUUUGUUGUUGGAGGGUGGAUGUAAUUUUGAGGAUUUAGAAGGGGUUUAUUUUUUAAAAAAGUGUGUUUGAGUUGAGA